AUGUCUUGGGUUCCUGAGUGGAAGAGGGUGGAGCCUAAUCCAAGAGAUCUUGGAGCGAGCUGGGAUAACAGGGGUGGUGGUGGCGGAGACUGUGGCUGGAUUAGCCUGUCAGACCAUCUGGGGCCUAGGGCCACAGGAUACCGUGAACCACCACUCUGCUUUUGCUUUACCAACAAUAUGGUUGGUGUUGUAAUUGGUCGUGGUGGAUCAAAAAUAAAAAAUAUACAACAUUUGACAAACACUAAGAUACAGAUCAUAAAGGGGGAUUCUAAAGCAGAGGUAAAAAUUUUUGGCAGCCAUGAUAUGAAAGCAAAGGCCAAAGCAGCCAUAGAGACUCUUGUUAAAAAACAACAACGCUACAAUUCAGAAUCCAAUGCUGAUAAUGCCACAUCACAAUCUCGUGAUGAUAAUGCUGCAUCCCAAUUCCCUGCUGAAAGUAGUUUAAGCACAAAUAACACCAUUGAACGGGCUCAACCACUGUUAGACUGGGAUCGAAUCCGGGCAGAGUCUAUGGAAUGGGAAAAAAGAAAAUGGGCAGAUUUACCACCAAUUAAGAAAGAUUUUUACACAGAAUCCAAAGAAACAAGCUUGAUGUCUGAAACUGAGGUGGAUAACUGGAGAAAGGAAAAUUUCAGCAUAAUAUGUGAUGACUUGAAAAAUGCUGAGAAACGCAUCAUCCCUAAUCCAACUUGUAAAUUUAAAGAUGCAUUCCAGCAAUAUCCUGAACUGCUGAAAAAUAUAGCAAUGGCAGGCUUCCAAAAGCCAACACCAAUUCAAUCACAAGCAUGGCCAAUUAUUCUACAAGGAAUAGAUCUUAUAGGAGUCGCCCAAACUGGAACAGGCAAAACUUUGGCCUAUUUAAUGCCUGGGUUUAUUCAUCUUGUUUUUCAACCAAUACCUAAAGAACAAAGGAAUGGACCUGGCAUGCUAGUCCUUACACCACCUAGAGAAUUAGCUCUUCGGGUGAAUGCUGAAUGUUCAAAGUAUUCACAUGAUGGUCUUAAAAGUGUAUGUAUAUAUGGUGGUGGAAACAGAAAAGAGCAAAUACAAGCCAUUUCAGAAGGUGUAGAUAUCAUUAUUGCAACUCCUGGAAGACUAAAUGAUCUGCAAAUGAAUAAUUUUGUCAACUUGAGAAGUAUAACCUACUUGGUCUUAGAUGAGGCAGACAAAAUGUUGGAUCUAGGGUUUGAACACCAGAUAAUGAAGAUUUUAUUAGAUGUGCGCCCAGAUCGGCAGACAAUUAUGACAAGUGCAACUUGGCCAGACACUGUGUGUCAACUUGCACAUUCCUAUUUGAAAGAGCCUAUGAUUGUUUAUGUUGAUACUCUAGAUCUAGCUGCUGUACAUACAGUAAAGCAAAACAUCAUUGUCACCACAGAAGAAGAAAAACGAGUUCUUAUCCAAGAAUUCCUAGAAAACAUGUCACCCAAAGACAAAGUCAUAGUGUUUGUCAGCAGAAAACUUAUUGCUGAUGACCUAUCAAGUGAUUUAAGCAUCCAAGGCAUACCUGUACAAUUACUGCAUGGUGACAGAGAGCAGAGUGAUCGAGAACAAGCAUUAGAGGACUUCAAAAAUGGAAGAGUGAAGAUACUGAUUGCCACUGAUUUAGCAUCUCGAGGUCUUGAUGUUGAUGACAUCACACAUGUAUAUAAUUAUGAUUUUCCACGGAAUAUUGAAGAAUAUGUACACAGAGUAGGGCGUACUGGAAGAGCAGGGAAGACUGGUAUAUCAGUAACCCUUUUCACUGACAAUGAUUCAAAAACCGCCAGUGAAUUGAUUAAAAUUCUGAAAAGAGCAAGUCAGAGUGUCCCUGAAGACCUUAUAACCAUAGCAGAAGAAUACCAAUUUCGUGAACAAAAAAAGGAUAUAAAAAGAAGAUCAAGAAAAUAUCAAGGAAAAUCCAAGCAGUUUUAUUAA